ACUUAGGGGCAACAUCUUGUAUCUGACCCUAUUUCAUGCUCAGAUGCUGUUUGUGAGAUUAUUCCUUUCUUUUUGAAACUGCUCUACACGUUUUGCUUGCUCUCUCUCUUUCUUUCUCUCCAAGCACACACGGAGGUAUAGGAAAGGGUACGAGCAGCCAUGGAGGAGGCCAUAGUUCUGUACCCAUCACCACCUAUUGGCCAUUUGAUAUCUGUGGUGGAACUGGGGAAACUCUUAUUGACCCAAAAUCCUUCCCUUUAUAUUCACAUACUCAUCACUUCUGUGCCCUAUGAUUCUGGCUCCACUGCCCCUUACAUUGCCAACGUUGCUGCCACCAUUCCCUCGAUCAAAUUCCACCAUCUUCCUACUGUAACCCUCCCUUCUACAAAAACCACCCAUCAUGAAGAACUCACUUCUGAGGUCCUUCGCCUCAGCAAUCCUCACGUUCGUGAAGAACUAUUGUCCAUUUCCAAAAACUACACCAUUCAUGGACUUGUUGUGGACGUCUUUUGCUGUGCUGCUCUCUCUGUUGCCAAGGAACUCAAUAUCCCUGGCUACCACUUCUCCUCUUCUGGUGCUGGUGUUCUUGCUAUUUUCCUUUAUUUCCCAACCAUUCAUAACACCACCACAAAAAGUCUUAAAGAUCUAAAUUCCCUUCUUCAUAUUCCCGGUGUUCCCCCAAUUCCAUCGUCUGACAUGCCAAUACCGGUACUUGAUCGCGACGAUAAGUCCUAUGAGAACUUUUUAGAUUCCUCAAGCAGCUUUCCCGAAUCAGCAGGUAUUGUUGUAAACACUUUUGCAUCACUUGAAGCCAGAGCUGUGAAAACAUUAUCAGAGGGAUUAUGUGUACCCAAUAACCGCACACCGCCAAUUUACUGUAUCGGACCAUUGAUAGCCACUGAAGGUCCUAAAGAUGAUGCAGGCACUCGCAAUGGUACUGCGCUGGAGUGUCUAACAUGGCUGGACUCGCAACCAGUUGGAAGUGUUGUCUUUCUAUGUUUUGGUAGUUUGGGGCUGUUCUCCAAGGAACAGUUAAGAGAAAUAGCUUUCGGGUUGGAGAGAAGUGGCCACAGGUUCUUGUGGGUGGUUCGGAAUCCACCUUCUGAUAAUAAAAGCGUGGCACUCGCGGCACAUCCAAACAUUGAUUUAGACUCAUUGCUCCCUGAAGGUUUCUUGGAUCGAACCAAGGAGAGGGGACUCGUGCUGAAGUCGUGGGCUCCGCAAGUAGCAGUGCUGAACCAUCCAUCGGUAGGCGGGUUCGUAAGUCAUUGUGGAUGGAACUCGGUGCUGGAAGCAGUUUGCGCAGGUGUGCCAUUGGUGGCUUGGCCACUAUACGCAGAGCAGAGGCUCAAUAGGAUCUUCUUGGUGGAGGAAAUGAAACUUGCAUUGCCGAUGAAUGAAUCUGACAACGGAUUCGUGAGUUCGGCCGAGGUGGAGGAGCGAGUUCUAGGGUUGAUGGAGUCGGAGGAAGGUAAGUUGAUUAGGGAGCGAGCCAUAGCCAUGAAAAUUGCAGCACAAGCCGCAUUGAAUGAUGGUGGUUCUUCUCGGGUGGCGUUGUCUAAAUUUGUUGAGUCAUGGAAAGACAAAUGAUAUUAUUAUUCCAUAUGUUUAGAGGCUGGAAUCCACUAAGAAACACAAUGCACCAUAUAAGGAAAUAACCACAACUCCCUCUCAUGCGCGGUAGGUGUGAAGUUGGUGUUUAUCCUGUGAAACUAUGUCCUUCCUCAUCUCAAGUUCAUGCCAUCACCUUUGCUGGCACUUGUGCCUCCUUUGAUCGUUGGCGUCAGAGGCUGGGUCACCCGAUUUCGAAACUUUCGUCUUCUUUUUUUCGUAGUGAUAACUUACC